CCAUCCGGAAGUGAUGUUUUCUUACACGAGCCAAAACAAAGACGAAAAUUCCUGAAGAUUUCCUUAUACGAAGUAAAAUAGAGACAACAUUACACCUGAAUGAAGGAAUUGGAGAAUCAAACUAAUUAAAUGAUGCAUUAAAUAGAAGCUUGCUAUAGAUUGAGGCUGAUAUUAGUGCUAAAGAUGGCUGGUAUGGAGAGCUUGCUGAGUAUAAAUGUUAUACUACUUAUACUUGUACAUCUAAGCUCAAGUGCUUACAUUCCAAUCCCAUCAACCAAGCAUCCAGAUAUGAUAGAAGUCAACAUUAAAUGUCCAUAUGAAUGCACAUGUGAUUUUCAGUUAAGUCAGGCUGUUUGUCAGAAUGGUUUUAGUCUUUCAAUACUGAAAGAUACAAAACACAUGUAUCAACUGAAGACACUUUCUAUAAAGAGAGUUGAAGAAGUGUUGAUGAAAAUUAACUUUGAUAAAUUUACAGAGCUUGAGAAUUUGGAUCUGAGUAGCAAUGUUAUUUCUGAAGUGCCAAAGAAUGCAUUCAAAGGAAAUAAGAAGCUCAAAACUUUAAAGCUUAUGAAUAACUAUAUUGAUGUUUUGAAUUUUGAAACCUUUUCAAGUCUUUCAGAAUUAGUGACUUUGGAUUUAAGUCACAAUAAUUUACACACUUUUGAUUCAAGAUUAUUUGAUGAUUUAAAAAAUCUUAAAUAUUUGAACCUUAGCAUGAAUGCAAUAACUGAUCUUCCACUUGGCGCUUUUAAGGAAUUAAAAAAUCUGAGAAUUUUAGAUCUGACUUCCAACGACUUGGUCCAUUUAACAAUGCCAAUGUUAGUUGGCAUGGAAACAGUCCACACACUGAAUAUUUCUCAUAAUGAUUUGGCCACAAUUCCUGAUGCAGUUGCUCAAUUUUCUGACAAUGUUGUGGAAUUUAUUAUCUCCAAAAAUAAUUUUGAUUGUUCAUGUGAACUGCAACCAUUGAUCCAGAGAAUUAAAGCCAAUCCAUCAAAAUACGGAAAUCCAGAGGAUUUGAUUUGUAAUGGAAAAUACCAGUUACUUGAAUUAGAAAAUAUAACUAUGCCUUGUGCUCCACCUGAGGUUUAUUUCAUCACAAAUUCAAGUAGCAUACUUGCCCGUCAAAGUGUUUUACUGCAAUGUAAAAGUUACGGAGUUCCUCAACCAGUCAACUAUUGGAAAUCACCAUGGGGGAUCAAUUUUGCCCAGGAAAAUGUGGGAAAUAUUCUGCAGUCCUACAAUAUCUCAACUGUCUCUUCUGCGUCUUAUAUAGGAUACAGUUUAGGACUUGAAUCCAUUGUACAAAUGAAAGAUGGCGACUCACUUUAUAUUGAUGUGAUGAGAGGUUAUUUUGCAGGCCAAUUCACUUGCGUCACUUUGAAUGGGAUUGGGUCUACUAAUUUUUCGAUGGAAGUUGGUAUUCAUGAUGCUAUUGCUGAAACUAAAGGCAUGAGUUAUUUGAUUGGCGCUGGCGGUGUUUUUGUAAUAUUGGUCACUGGAAUCAUCAUUGGGUCAAUAUCUUUAUGCGUACAAAAAUGCAGUUGUUGCUGCGCAUGCUGCAAAUGUUGCAAUUGUGCUGAAUCUGUACCGGAGGAAAAGGAUAUUAAAUAUACCAUUGAAGAAAUUGAUGUAUUGGAAGAUGGCAAACGAUCAACUCUAGAUUCGUGCGCAUCCAAUGAAUUUUACUUUUGCCCAGAACCACCAGACACGCCAUUUAAUUCCCCUACUGAACAAACACCAAGAGAAUCCCCACGUAAAUGUCCAACGCCAAGUGUUGAUUCAAGUGACAAGAACAAGUCGCCAAACAUCAAAGACACUCUUGAUGAAGUUAAAGUGAGGCUGGAGAAAAAGAUGGAGAAGGUCAGAGGUCACUACAAUUUACUUAAAGAAACAGGAUCGGGGUAUUUAUCCAACAUAAAAGGAUCAGCUGCUAUCAAAGUAGCGAGUGGUGUGGAGAGCGUUAAGUUUGGUGUACGGUCUAUUAAGGAGUUCUGUGGCACUGGUGACAUGGGAACACAAACUAUAUCAGCUCUCUCUUUUGGGACUGAUAACCACAUGGCAACACAGACAGAAGAUGUUAAAAUUGAAUCCACAACUUUGUAAAAUAUAUUUUCCUCUUUUAACAAUGUGAUAACACAUGGUACAUGUACAUUUUUUUGUACCUGUUUGUUUUGCAAAGGUUUUAUUUCCUAUUAGAAUAUGUAUAUGAAAUAGGUGAAAUAUGGUAACAUUGUGAAAAUAUAUUAUAGCAGUAAUUACAUGUACAUGUAGCUGAAAGAGCUUGUAGAGAGGGCUAAUAUCUGUUUUGCCCCUUUUUCAUAUUUUUAAAGUUUUAAUAUAAUCUAUUUAGAAAUUUUGUCAAUGAAAUUAUAAUUUUUUUUAUAUAAUAUAUGUUUAAAAAAAUGAAAAAAGUAAAUAAAUUACAAUGUACAGCCAUGCUAGAUGUAUAAACAAUUACAUUGACAAGAAAGCUCUUGAUUACAUUUUAAUUCUUUUUUAGUUUAUCAGCACCAACUCAGUGAUUCUCAUAGAUAAAUAAUAUUAAUUGUCAUAAACAUGAUAAAGAUAAUGUUCAAUUUUUUUAAACAAAAAAAUAUGUUUAAGGUGUUUUGACAUUUUUAUUUUCUUCAAAGUUUCUGUAACUGUUAUGUGAUGUCAGGUCAGGUCUCUUGUCGAACCUGUUAAUUAAAUAAGACACAGCGUCAAGAGUAAAUUUAUUUAUUUUUUUACAUGUUAAAGAUAUUUAAGUUUCAAAGCUUAAAAAGAUCUGAUGUGUUUUGUGUUCUCAACAUUCCUAAAAAAAUCAUUGCUGUGUUUUUUAAUCUUAUUUAUAAAUCAAGUAGACACUUUGGUUGUAUGCAUAUGAUGGUAUAAACAUACCCUUACAUUAUUAUUAACAUUGUAAUUUAAUUGACACAUGCAUGACAUGAUUGAUAAGGACAUUAAUAUUUUCCAUCUAAGGUUUUGAUUUGGGUCAGAAAUUUUUUGUAUGGAACAUGUGGAAAAAGGCAAAAUAUUUUGGAGAUUCUUGUCCCUCCAGCACAAAAAUAAAAUUUUCACUAUUUCAGUUUUACUGUUUUUUUCUUUUUUUGGGUAAUAUAGUACCACUUUUAACAUGUCUUACUUGCAGAAUGUGUGACUUGAGGAUUUUAAUCUUGCAGUGAAAUUAGAAAAAAACAUUCCAGGUAUUUGAAAGACAUAUAUCAUUUUGUGUUUUAUGAUUAAAUCUUGUACAACUUAGUGUAAUAUCCUUUUUUCUAAACACUUUCAUCAUUUAGCAUAGGGGACAUUUUAUUUGAUAGCUCUUAUCAAGUCAACAUGGACACUAUCUAAAACCUGUCAUUAAAAAGUUGGCUAAGAAAACUAGUAUAACAGUAUAUACUAGGGAAUGUACAUAUAUCAUGUAGUAAGGGUACAUUUAUAAAAAAACUGUGUUUUCUAUUGAUGAAAAUUAUGUUAUACAUGUAUAGAUACUGUUAAAGAAGGAAAACAGAAUUCUAUUUAUAAUAAGUUAUGCAAAUAUUGUGUACUUCUAAUAACAUUCAUUUCUGUUUUUUUUUGUAUUUAUUUUAUUUUUCAUAUUUUUUUUAUCAUGUAUAUAAAUAUGCUUAAACCAUAACCAUCAUUUGUAAAUGAUAUAUAUCAUAAUUAUUAUGUAUUAACCAGUUUUAGUGUUUGCUACAUAUUAUAACAAAAGAAUGACUCACUAAGUGUCUUCAUUGCUGAUAUUAUUUCAAAGAAUGAUUUAAAAUAGAAUAAAAAAUGCAUCAUUUUUUGGCAUAUAAAGAGUGCUUAGACUUGAGUAGUUCAAAACCAAUCAUUAAAAGUUACAAUUUACAUGUUAACCAAUCACAAAACAAUACUACAAUAUUCAGAACUAUUUUUCAUCUCAUAUCUAAAAUAGUGUUGUUAGAUUUUUAGAUAAAAUAUUGAUUAUUUGGAAAUUCUGUUAGUCUUUUUACUGAACUUACAUGGAAAGUGUACUCAUAUUUAGUCUGAGUAACUAGUUAAGAUAUAAUGAAUAGGGACUGUUUACACCCAAAUUUGUCUUUGCUGCUGAAUCAGUAUAUCAGCUGUUUAUUUUUAGCUUGGUUGCACAAAUAUAAAAUUAACAUGUAAGUAACAGGGGUCCUCUUAUACACAGUAUCUGGAAUCUGUAUAAGUUUUGAUACAACACUCAGCAAGGGAAACUCAAGUAACCAUCAGGAAACCAUCAGGAAACCUACCCCUCAAAAAGAAAACAGAAAUUGAACCUUCAUGGUUACAAAAAGAAAACAGAAAUUGAACCUUCAUUGUCUUACCAUCUGUCUACGUUUCAUUCAAAUCAAGCCAGAUAAAGUCUAGUUGACAUCUGGAUAUAUUUUGAACACACAAACAGACAGAAUAGACAGACUAUCAAUUACUAAAAGCUCCCAAAAUUACUGAAAAAAAUACAUGAUGGGUUAUCAAUUAAAACCAAAACAAUAUUAGAUAAAUUAAAUGAUUGUCAUAAAAUGAAAAAUGGAAUUUUAUUUUGUGGUCUACCAUUCAAUAGGAAAUAUGUUAAGUGUCAGCUUUUAUGAUUUGAUUGAUUAACAAUGAUGUUGAUGAUCAUUCAAUAAGCAUCCAACAUGUCCAAUGAAAAAAUAGCUCAUUUAUUUUCAGAAAGACUUGUUGAUUUUUUGUUGUGUCCUCAUUUCUAUUAUAUCCCCCCCCCUUUUUUUUUUUCUCUUUUUUUUUUUAACUUAAGGCCAUUUAUUUAAAGUGUAAAUGGUCCUAAGUUUAAAAAUAGGGGAAUAUAAUAGAAAAAGUUCCUGUUUUGAAGAGAGUAUCUUGUCCUCUCUGUGUGGAUUUUUUUAAUGCUGUGUGAUUUUGUGUUUGCAAUGUACAAAUGUAUGAAGUAUUACAUUACACCAAUAUUUGUUUGCAAAUGUUUACUUCUUCAACAUGUUCAAUUUAAAAUAAUGCCAGAUUUCACUUGAAACCAGUCCAAUACAAAGUGACUUUUACAUCAAAUACUUUCUAGAUCUGAUGAGAUAUGAUUGAAAUUCAUCAUUGCUUGAAAUUUGAAAGUGUUGUGUGUCUUUUGGUCUUUAUUUUUUACUAAGAGGUUGUCAGUUUUUUUUGUGACUUAAUAAUUUGAAUGUCCCUUUUGUAUCUUUUAUGUUUUUGAUUUCCCUUCAUGUCUUGUGUAUGUUCACUGGUUGUACAAUGAUUAUAUGUACUACUUAGUAUGUAGUUUAGAGUAUGUUGACUCUGUUCAAUUCCAGUUUGCUUUGAAUCUAGUUUAAACAGAAUUUUGUGUUAUGUAAAUAGGAUAUAUUUCAUUCAUAUCAGUUGUUUAUUAAAAUAAUAGUGUAUUUUUGCUGUUAAUAUGUUUAAAAUUAUACUUUAAUAAAAAAUAGUUUCCAUGCAAAA